CGCCUCCCCGCGGCCUCUUCCCUUUUGUCCCGCUGCCCGCGCUCGCCCGCCACUCUCCGCCAGCGUCCGAGCCCCGCGCGCUCCUCUCGUCCGCGACACCCCCGUCGAGAUGCUGCGCUGCGGCCUGGCCUGCGAGCGCUGCAGGUGGAUCCUGCCCAUGCUCCUGCUCAGCGCCAUCGCCUUCGACAUCGUCGCGCUGGCCGGCCGCGGCUGGCUGCAGUCGAGCAACCAUCAGGAGACGUCCUCGCUGUGGUGGCGAUGCUGGCAAGAGGGCGGCGGCAGCGGGUCCUUCGAGGAGGGCUGCCAGAGCCUCAUGGAGUACGCAUGGGGGAGGGCAGCCGCUGCCAUGCUCUUCUGUGGCUUUAUCAUCCUGGUGAUCUGUUUCAUCCUCUCCUUCUUUGCCCUCUGUGGACCCCAAAUGCUCAUCUUCCUGAGAGUGAUUGGAGGCCUCCUCGCCCUGGCUGCUGUGUUCCAGAUCAUCUCCCUGGUAAUUUACCCUGUGAAGUACACCCAGACCUUCAACCUUCAUGACAACUAUAACAUCACUUACAUCUAUAACUGGGCCUACGGCUUCGGGUGGGCAGCCACAAUCAUCCUGAUCGGCUGUGCCUUCUUCUUUUGUUGCCUUCCCAACUAUGAAGAUGAUCUCUUGGGCAAUGCCAAGCCCAGGUACUUCUACACGUCUGCCUAAGGUGGGGAAGGAGCAGAAGACAAUUUAUGCUUCCAGGAUGGAUUCCAGAGGAAAAAACUGUUUUCCCCAGAGUACUUUGAACCUAUUUUUGGGCACUGUUCAUAUAAUUAAAGUAGUCAAAAUGCUAACAUAAUUUGGGACACAAUGUAUCUUGAAUGGUGUUACAGUUUCAUAUUCCUCUUUUAUAUAUGCUUUUGUAGAGUUAAAGAGGACUUAACUUCUUUUAACUAUUAUGCCAAUAUUUUUGUGUAUCUGUCCAUAUCAUUUAUACUGCAUUUGUAAAAGAAUAUGAAUAUGAAACUUAAUCACUUUACAAAGUAAAAACAAGAAGGCUUCAAAGAUUUAAGUAAACUGAUCAAGUUUCUGUGUUUCCCAGAUGAAAUGAACUGGGUCUAUUAAGGGAUAAGGAGAAAAGGGAGAUACUGAUAAAAAUCAGUGACCAAAUAUUCUAAAAGAAAUGGAAAAAAAAAAAUUUUCUCAAGCCUUCAGCUAUUUAAAGAAGCAUAACAGCUUCUUAAAUGCAUAUUAUUUGUGAGAGUUUCUAAUUAGUACCCUAAAUAAUUAUUUUGCUAAGCUUCAUGUUAACUUGAUAGGGCCUUUAAGAAAGUAUUCUUUCAUGGCCAAAGCCUGUUGCAGUAGUAAGGUCUCCUUACAUAGUGAACUGCUAAGAAAUGUUCUCUUUUAAAGUGGUUUAUAAGGUUGGGUGUGGGAAAAUGCUACAUUAACAAAUCUACUGUUUUGUGUCUAUAUGAGUAGAUUGGGUUGAAAGAUGGAGCGGUCUAAUUCAUCGUGACUGAUAGAUAUGAUCAGGUUGUUCAAUAAGGCAUUUGGAAGGUCAUUCCUAUUACAAAAAUAACAUUAAAACAGCCUAAGGAGAAGAAAUGGCUUGAAUUUUUCAUCUCAAGUUUGACUGGGCUCUAAUCAUAUAGACACAGCUUCUGACAGAUUGCAACUAUAAGCAAAAAAUUAAAUAUAGUUGAAAACCUGGUCUUCCAUGGUAAACACAUUUAAAAUAUAUGAUGUAAAACAUGCAACAGGAGAAUUCAGGGAUGUGAGAUUUUGCUGAAGGUCAAAUGUAUUAUCACAUGGAUUAUUAUUAUUUUUUACCAUUUGUACACUGAAAGCCAAAUCAUUUUCUAUAUCAAAUUGUUAUUUUGUAAGUUGCAGAAUAAGCACUUGCAGUUUUCAUUAUGAAUUUUCCUAAAUAAACCAGGUGUUCUAAUCUUG